UUGAGUACAAAUUAAUACAAGACCUAAAGAAAUAGCAAGUCCUGUAUCGUCGGAUAGCUCAUUAUCGGGAAGAAAUGGAUCGAAAUUCCAUAGAAAGAGAACGAAGAUCGAACAUGAGCAAUCUCUUAUCCAGGCUCUUUCGUCUCCUUCCUCCUCAGCCAACCAAGAUGUCGAUUCCAGACAUGGUGCAGCUAGCCACCAUAUAUGCAAAGCAAUUGCAAAGACAGCUGGAGGAACUCAAGAAAAGGAAGAUGCAACUGGAAGGGGAGAGUAAAGCAGUGUGUAGAGUGACAAGCGAAACGAUAUGCCCAGUUCUAGAUAUAAUAGAUUCUAAUUCUACUAUGACAGUAAAUUUGAUUACAGGGUCCAACGUGGAGUUUACACCAAGUGAGAUUAUCAGUGUCAUUGAGGAAGAAGGAGCUGCAGUUAUAGGUGUUACAUAUAAUAAUGCAGGCGGGACUAUGAACAUCCUUUCAAUUCAUUGUAAGGUAAAGGAUUUAGGGUUCUUGAACCAAAAGCUUCAGCAUGCAUUUUCCUCCCAUGGGUAGUGGUGAAUUGAACUUUUGAAUGGCUAUUUGUUCUAGGAUCGGUAUUGAAAGUUCGAGACUGGGUGAGAGAUUGAAGACUCUGAUUGAAGAGUGCAUGUAGCUGUUGUUGGAGUAUUUUCUGCGAAAAAUGAAACUAAAUUGAUCUAUCUUUUUUAUUACUAUGUUACGACUAAAUCAUCACCUUUACCUGAUAUGUAUCAUUAGUACAAGUGAUUUCAACUAUGACCUAUACUAUUUGAUUUAUACUCACAUUACUUUGGUAAAGAGAGGUGAAAUUUAUUUGGCAAAGUUAUGUGCAAGCAAACUAAUGUAUGGUUAAAGACAAAGUGAACUAGAUUGUUAUAUCUUAGGAACAGCAUGAAAAUUGGAGUUAUCCCGAAGUUAUGAUUGAUGAUGUAUUUUGCUUCAAACUCUCUUGA